GGGCUAUACAUGCAAGGUGUCGAGCCAGGAAGGAGUGCAACAGGGCGAUCCUGGGGGUGGGCGUCGUAUGCGUGUGGGCUGCGUGGGGUGCUGGAGAAGAUCAGGACGGCGCUGCCUGACCGGCUGGUGGUCGCCUUCGCGGACAACAUCUAUAUCGGCACGACGCAGGACAAGGUGGCGCACGACUUCGACAUGGCCGAGAACGAGCUGGCGAUCGUGCGGCAGAACCUCGUGCGGGAGAAGUGCGAGGUGUGGGGCAAGCACUUCACCAAGGGCAUGGACCGGCCGGCAAACAUGCCCAGCGGUGUGUGCGUGCGCGACGAGGGGCUG